AUGGAGACAUAGUAAUUAUUUUAUAAAGUUGUGUAUUUUUUAAUGAAAAUGUUACAGCUCAAAUGUAUGUAACUUAAUUUUAUAAAAGAGAAAGAAUUUGUUUAUUGUUGAAUAAUUGAGCAAUACUUUUCUUGUGUCACUUUCCUGAUAAGCUAACUGACAAUAUGUGUAUAUAUAAGAAUUCAUAUUUUGUAUAUAAAUAUUUUUUUUUUAUAUGUCCUUUGAGUAGUCUUGUGUAUAUUUAAUCUGUUAUAACAAUCAGUACAUCAUAAAGUAAUGUAAUUAAGUGUAAUGUAAUAUUGUAAGGAAAUAUUACAACAUGAUUAAUGAAUCAUUCUAUAAAAAUGUGUUUUUACUUAUGCAAAUUGUACCUGCAUCUUAUGAAUGUACAAAAUACUUUAAAAAGGGAAUGUUUGAUAAACCAAACACUGCAGGUUUUAUUCACGUUUCUCAUUAUCUGUUAUCUGUGCAUAAUGAAAAACGUUUCCAAAAAUUGGUUAUAUGGCCAAUUCUAAAUAAGACAGAUGAGAAAAGAUACCGUGCAGAGAUAAAAGAAUACUUAGAAACUUUGGCAAAUAAAAAUUCAGAUAUCAAUUUCCCACCAAUACUUAUGUCUCAUCUGCUACAAGCAGGAGGAAAAAAAGUUUUAAUUCUUAUGUGGAAAAUAUCAGAAAUUAGCCUAAGAGCUUAUAUUACUAGAGCAUGUCAAACGAAAUUAUUACAGUUUCCUAAUAUUGGUGACACUAAGAACAUAACUGAAACAUAUCUUACAUUGAAAAAUAUUGAAAAAAAUCAUAUCAUUUCUAUAUUUUAUGAAAAUACAAAAAUAAGUUUAAAAUCCUUUAAAGAGUACAUAUGGUAUAUAUCUGUUGAUUUACUAAAAGUACAGACUGCUAUCUUUGAAACAAGAAACAAUUUAGAGAAGUUAGUGGCUACGUUUCCAGUUAAUUCAUUAAUUGCAAAACGAUUAAUAGACACAGAUGAUACUGAAAUUAUAAAUUCAUGGAAGGAAAGUAUUGAGCAAAAUAUUAAGUUUUUAAGCCAAAAAAACUCAAAACUAAAUAAAUUAAAAACUCUUAGUAGCACGUUACAUAAUUUAAUUCUAGUUUUAUGUGUAAAUCAUAAAAUUCUUGAUGGGAGAAAUCUUCCAAAAAUAAAUAGUAGAACAUGGUCAUUCUAUUUAACUGGUAAUAUUCAGGUAAAAUGUAAAAAUUACAUUCAGCUUGUUAAUGAUGGAUUAUAUAUGAAUGGAUGUUUAGUGUUUUCUAUUCUGUUAAUGAAAUUCAAUCAAAUACUGAAACAAAUGAAAUACUAUUUGAAAAUUCACAAGCUACCAGAUUUCUCCAAUUGCGAUCAAAAAAUAAUUCAAUAUUGUAAGAGAAUUAAAUCUAUAAAAGAAAUAUCUGAAGAACUUAUGGAACAAAUUUCUGAUAAUUUAAACAAUGUACAAUGUAGCUUACAAAAGAAAACUGUAGAUUACACAUUAGAUGAAGAUCUGUUAAACUUUACAGGUCUAGAAACAAUUCUAAAUUCACCAAAACUUAAUUUAUCUGCUACAUAUAUACACGAAGAAAAGAUAUCAGAAAUGAUAUUGGUCUUUUCAGAAGAAGGGAGAUAUAAACACUUGUUUAAAAGGUACAAACGUAACAAUUCAUUUAGAAAUUCAACAAGAUAUCAAUUUAAUGAUAGCAUAGAGGACAUCACAUCGAGCUGGAUAUCUUCCCAAAAACAAUUAAUAUACAAAAAGUGUUCACCUAAUAAAAUCAAAGUUUCACCAACAUAUUCCAGAUUAUUCUCCAUUAAUAAUACAAAGAUAUAUUCUCCAUAUAAAGGUAAUACAACAUCUAGUCCGAAUAGAAGAAAUAUCACACCAAAGAAAUCUAAUAUUCAAUCUCCAGACGCACGAACGGUAAAUAUAGAUGCUGCAAUUAAAAAUAUUUUUGAUUUUUUUUGUCAGAUUACAUAUCUUGUAAUUUCCUUUGUUCAAAUCUUAGUUGAAGGUCCCACAUUAGAAGGAUGUCAUGCAAUUUGAUAAAAAUUAAACUCCAACGUAAUUGAAAACAAUGUAUUUGUUGCAU